GCGUCGGUGGAGGAGGGGUGGAGGCGCAGCGGCUGCUGCACCGCGCUUGGCGCUGCGGAGCGAGCCCACCCGCCGCGGGAGCUCGCCUCCCCGGUGCUCCCCCUCCCUCCCCACCCCCCCAGUGGCGCUGCCUCCUCCAAAUGAGCGAUUCGCCCGCUGGAUCUAACCCAAGGACACCCGAAAGCAGCGGCAGCGGUAGCGGCGGAGGCGGGAAGAGGCCGGCGGUGCCGGCGGCGGUGUCUCUCUUGCCCCCGGCGGACCCCCUGCGCCAGGCAAACCGGCUCCCCAUCAGGGUCCUGAAGAUGCUGAGCGCGCACACCGGCCACCUCCUGCAUCCGGAGUACCUGCAGCCGCUGUCCUCCACUCCCGUCAGCCCCAUUGAGCUGGACGCCAAGAAGAGUCCUUUGGCGUUGCUGGCCCAGACUUGCUCGCAGAUCGGCAAGCCGGACCCGCCGCCCUCGUCUAAGCUCAACUCGGUAGCGGCGGCCAACGGGCUGGGAGCAGAGAAGGACCCCAGCCGCUCCGCCUCCGGCGCCGCCUCCGCUUCUGCGGCUCUCAAGCAGCUGGGGGACUCCCCGGCCGAGGACAAGUCCAGCUUCAAGCCCUACUCCAAGGGCUCCGGAGGCGGCGACUCCCGCAAAGACAGCGGCUCCUCCUCCGUGUCCUCCACCACCUCCUCCUCCUCCUUGUCCCCAGGAGACAAGGCGGGCUUCAGGGUCCCAAGCGCCGCCUGCACGCCCUUCCCCCCGCAUGGAGCGCCGGUCUCCGCGUCCUCGUCCUCAUCCUCCCCUGGUGGCUCUCGGGGCGGCUCCCCGCACCACUCUGACUGCAAGAACGGCGGCGCAGGCGGCAGCGGGGAGCUGGACAAGAAAGACCAGGAGCCCAAGCCCAGCCCGGAGCCUGCGGCCGUGAGCCGCGGCAACGGUGGGGAGCCGGGCGGGCACAGCGGCAGCGGCACGGAGGCCGGGGCCUCCGGGCGCAAGUCGGAGCCACCCUCCGCGUUGGUGGGGGCUGGCCACGUGGCGCCGGUGUCGCCCUAUAAGCCGGGCCACUCGGUGUUCCCGCUGCCACCCUCCAGCAUCGGCUACCACGGCUCCAUCGUGGGCGCCUACGCCGGCUACCCGUCUCAGUUCGUGCCUGGCCUGGAUCCCAGCAAGUCCGGCCUCGUGGGAGGCCAGCUAUCGGGGGGCCUGGGCCUGCCGCCGGGCAAGCCCCCCAGCUCCAGCCCGCUCACCGGGGCCUCCCCGCCCUCCUUUCUACAGGGAUUAUGCCGAGACCCCUACUGCCUGGGAGGCUACCACGGCGCCUCACACCUUGGAGGCUCCAGCUGCUCCACCUGCAGCGCACACGACCCGGCCGGGCCCGGUCUUAAAGCUGGGGGCUACCCGUUGGUGUACCCCGGGCACCCGCUACAGCCCGCUGCGCUCUCGUCCAGCGCCGCCCAGGCUGCGCUCCCCGGCCACCCGCUCUACACCUACGGCUUCAUGCUGCAGAACGAACCGCUGCCGCACAGCUGCAACUGGGUGGCGGCCAGCGGGCCGUGCGACAAGCGCUUCGCCACCUCAGAGGAGCUGCUCAGCCACCUACGGACCCACACGGCCCUGCCCGGCGCGGAGAAACUUCUGGCCGCCUACCCGGGGGCCUCAGGCCUGGGCAGCGCCGCUGCGGCGGCUGCGGCCGCCGCCUCCUGCCAUCUGCACCUCCCCCCGCCCACCGCCCCCGGCAGCCCCGGGUCGCUGUCUUUGCGGAGUCCACACACUUUGGGGCUAAGCCGGUACCACCCCUACGGCAAGAGCCACUUAUCCACAGCUGGGGGCCUGGCCGUGCCGUCCCUUCCCACAGCCGGACCCUACUACUCACCGUACGCGCUGUACGGACAGAGACUGGCCUCAGCCUCCGCUCUCGGAUACCAGUAACUACAGCCCUGCCUCCCUCCCCAGCCUCCUCUCCCUCCCCCCCCCUCCCCUCCCCCCCCCCUCCCCCCCCCUACUCCCGCUGCAGCCUCCGCCACUGCUUAUCCUUGCUGGACCCCCCCCAGACCCUCUUCCCCACCGGACUGUGUAUUUAUUUACUAUAAUGUUAGCUUACAAGCUGGGAAUUAUAAGUGCAUUAACGGCCCACACGAGUCAAUGGUAUGCAAAAAGUCUGUUUCCCUCUAAAUAAUAAUAUUAAUUACAUGAGUAACUACAGGUUCCCCCGCCCCUCUUCCUUUAUUUUCUGCUUUUCUUUUUCUUAGAUGUAAGUUUUAAUUUUUUUUUCCUUUUGCCUGUUUUGUUUGUUUGUUUGUUUUUUGAUUGGUUUGGUUUUCGGGGGAGGAGGGAGAGUGGGGUUCUUUUUGUUUUCCCUUCCUGGGGAAUUUCUUGCAUGCUUCUUAACCGUUCCAACUACAUUUCCUGCUUCUCUUUCCCCUUCAUUCCUUCUUGUUUCCGUCCAUUAGCGGUUCUGUUGUUGGUUUUUUUGUUUGUUUUGUUUUGUUUUUUUCCUUUGUACAAGUAACAGAGAGGAGAUAUUUUUUGUAAGGCAUUUGGGGGUGCAGGGAGCGGCCUUGGGAGCUGGAAGUCUUGCGCCCUUGUAGACCCGGAACUCAGCUCUGUGACUCCUCCCCGCCCACUUUCUCCCCGCAGGGUUCCUGAGCUGCACCCUCCCCACCACCACCCCCAAUUAGAGUCUGGCUCCCCUGUCUUGCUCUGAGCAAGAGUCAGUGGCCCUAGAGGCCUUCUACAGAGCCUUCCCACUUCCAGACCCUUGCUGUCUCCAAACACCAGUGGUCACACUGCCUGCUGGUGGGGGACCUUGCAAGGACUCAUCUUACUCAAGAAAAAGUCCUUAGAAGGCCCUGCUGGCAUGAAACUUUGCUCUUUAGAGUUUGCGAAGUGCUUUUCUAGUCAUUGUUUUUCUCUCGGUCAUCGGCCCCUGUCCUGGUGGUAGGGGCUGGGUCAGUGAUUCUUGCUAGAUCCUUCCAAAGCAGACCCGUGGUAAUAUCGAGCUGGCGAUACAAACUUGUUAGCUGUUGGGGGGGAAGGCGGGGGAGUCAGGGAGCACGGGGAUCACAGCGGUCCCCGCCCCUUCCCACGCCUUACCCAACAGAGUCCCCAGAGUUGCCGUGGGCUCCCUCAGUCAUUGGGAUUGAAGACUCGCCCCCUGGGUCUUCUCCCAACACCCUCCCUCCCUCCUGGUCUUCGGCAGCCCAGCCUCGCGGGGCUGCGGGGCCUGUUGGGGAUGAAUAGAGCUCUCCCUUGGUAAGACUUAUUUUGUUAAUAAAUGGAGUACUUGGCUAUAUUCACA